CACCACAAGAAACGAAGAAGCCGACGAUCGUCAGCGCAUCGCAGCGCAGCAGCCGGUUGUUGAAUCUUUUAGUAUUGACUUAUCGCUGUUGCGAACAGGACGGACGGAUAACAACGGACUCCAGUAGCGAUGCAUCCGAAAUCGUGGAUCAUAGCGGCAGUGACAGUUGCACUGACCGUGACCGUGGCCGUUGCCGCCCCUGUACGAGAGCAGGAUCCGGAGCUCGUUUACUUCGAAAAUGUGCGCGACGAAAAUGGGUACAGCUUUUCCUACAAAACAAAGGAUGGCCAGUUCCGCGAGGAGCAAGGGACCAUCGACCCCGAGACGGGCAUUUUGCGUGUGACGGGAGUGUAUCGCUUCAUCGGGACCGAUGGCGAAACGUAUGAGUACAGCUACGAGGCGGAUGAGAAUGGGUACCGCAUCGUAGAGAAGCCUCCUCCGGCAGGCAUCUCCAAUACGGUGUUGCUUUCGCUGGUUGGCUGACCAGACCAGUGAAGCAAAAGGUGGACAAAUAUUAUCUACAAUUCUUAUGGAAUGGAAUAAACGAGCGCUUCACCUAGAAA